UAAAAACAUACAAACCAUACAACUCUAUGGCAACAAUAGGCGAGGGGUCACUAUACCAUUACGAAAACUGGUUGUAGUGUUGCAGCAACUACGUCAAAGGUUAUUGGGCGUUUCUAGACGGAAUUUUAAUUAGACGGAAUUUUUACGGCAAAAAUAAAAAAUAGUCUUCAAAAGAAUCAAAAGGCGUAACAACUACACCGGCUUUCGAAUUGAUUGCAGUGUUUCUGUGGCUUGAGGCAAAGGUCAUUUCCGACACACCAGUCAUUUAAUCAAAAGAAGAUAUUUUUUGAGCGUCUCUGCAAGACAAGCACUGGAGAUUAACAUAGGAUGGCUGACCGCUUGGACGUUAUAAUUUUUGGAGCAUCAGGUUUUACAGGAAAAUAUACUGUCUAUGAAGCAGUCUCGGUGUUGGGCGAUCUAAAAUGGGGUAUUGCUGGUCGAAAUCGCAAGAAAUUGGAGGAUGUCCUCCAAGACAUGGGCACCAAGGCCAAUAAAAGCCUGAAAAAUAUACCCAUCAUUAUAGCCGAUAUUGACAAUCAAAGCUCUUUGUUGGAAAUGGCUCGCCGCUGCCGUGUGUUGGUGAAUUGUUGUGGUCCCUAUCGUUUUUAUGGCGAGCCUGUGGUUCGUGCAUGCAUAGAAGCAGGAACGCACCACGUUGAUGUUAGCGGCGAACCACAAUACAUGGAAACAAUGCAACUUAAGUAUCAUGAUAAAGCCAAGGAACGUAACAUUUAUGUAGUGUCUGCUUGCGGUUUCGACUCCAUUCCCGCCGAUAUGGGUGUCAUAUUUAUUGAAAAAAAUUUCGAUGGUGUGGUCAACUCCGUCGAAACAUAUUUACAAAGCUAUACAAAAGGCGGGCCAACAGAUGGCAAAGGUGCUCUUCACUAUGGCACUUGGGAGAGUGCGGUGUACGGCUUGGCCCAUGCAAAUGAAUUGCGAGGCAUUCGUCAAAAGUUGUAUCCAGAGAAGAUGCCACGUUUCCAGCCAGUUCUCAAACACCGACCAUUGAUUUUUCGUUCAGAGAUUGUAGACGGAGUAUGUUUACCAUUCCCAGGCUCGGAUCGUUCAGUCGUAAUGCGGUCGCAAAGAUUUCUGUACGAGCAGGAUAAAAAACGACCCAUACAAAUGCAUGCGUACGUAGCCUUUGGUUCAUAUUUAACCGCCUGUUUAGUAGCUAUGGCAGCAGUUACUUUUGGAUUGUUGGCAAAAUUCUCCUUUGGUCGCCGCUUGCUAUUAAAAUAUCCCAGUUUAUUUUCUUUUGGUUUUGCUUCACACGAAGGACCAUCCGAGGCAGACAUGGAAAGAACGUAUUUUACCAUGACAAUGAAAGCUCUGGGCUGGCCAAAAUUAGAAACUUCUUUAACCACGGAGCCCAGUGGAUCACCGACAAAAUCCUUAAUGGUUCGAGUGUCCGGGCCCAAUCCAGGUUAUGGCUCAACGUGUGUAGCUCUGCUAUCCACUGCUAAGACCAUAUUAAGAGAUAGCAGUAAAAUGCCUUCAACUGGAGGUGUUUACCCACCGGGAGCAGCGUUUGCCAAAACAGGUCUAAUCAGUGAAUUAGAAAAGCAUGAACAUGGAAUGAAAUUCGAAAUUUUAGCCAACAAGUGAAGCUAGUCUCAAGUGUAUAAUUAUAAUUAUUUUGAAUUCCACAAAAGUUUGUAACUUUAAAACAUGACAGUAGAAAUCGUCAAAAGAAAAAAAAAAUACCUACCUACUAUUUAAAUAAUUGAUAACUCAUACGCUUUAGUCAGUAGUGCCUUAAAAAAUACACACUAUAGAAUUGUUAUUUAAUUAAAUGAUUAUAUCUAAAUUCUGCAUUCAGUGUUUAAUUUAGAAAAUAAAUGACAAAAGAAAUAAAUAUUGACAUAAUUGA